GGGUUAUGCUUAGAGAUGAAGAUCCUUCUGCUACUGCAGGUGCUAUGUCUGCUAGCCCUUGGAUAUGGUGCCUUAAUUAAAGCACCAACCUCCAGAACCAACCUGAAUGUAGGAUACGUGACUUCUGGCGAUAAACUACUGCACAGAGUAAAUGUGUACCAACCACCAAUAGCUAAUGCGAUUCAAUACCAGGAUGUGGUAUAUCGUGGUAACUUUACCACAUGGAUCAGUGCGGUCCAGGCUACAGAGGUUGGAGCCACUCAGUAUGCAACACCUUGGAUCAUAGCUGGUGGAAUCGGAUACAAUAAUGUCACAGUUCGUGUACAGUCCGCCUUAGGCUACGGUUACUAUUACUGGAUUGAUAUAUGGGGCCGAUAAUAGGGAUAAUCGAUUCUAAUAUCGAAGUAUCGAUGUACUAAGUAACGAUUAGUUACCAAACUAAUGACCAAUACGUAUAGAGUAAUAUUUUGUGCCUAUUUGUGUUCUUAUUUUUUUAUGUUCUUGGCCGUUACUAAUUGGUCUUCUUAUUAGACC